AUGCACCACCACCCACAGAAUCGAGAAAGAGCUAUCAAUCUGUCAAUCCUUUCCGUGUCCGGGCCGGCGUUUCGGGAGCCUCUCCUGGGCUCCUUCUUCCGAGGGGUUCGAGAAACAGUGUUCUCCGCCUGGACCUCCGCGCCGGGUUGGGGUGGGGUGUGA